AUGCCAAUCGACGCCGCAACUUCGGCUCUAAAUCUUUCAUUUCCUCCCACAACCUCAGCUACUGGGUUUGUGGUUCCUCAAAGCCGUUCUUUUACAGUAUCAGUUAAUCCAGUAGUGUUGUUUUCUAUACUCGAUCAUUACCUUCGAAGGCAAGAAAAUCAACAUCGGGUUAUUGGAACGUUGCUUGGCGUAAGAAAUGAAGAUGGUAGUGAGGUUGAAGUUCGGAAUUGUUUCCCUGUUCCCCAUGAUGAGUCUCAAAAUCAGGUUGCCGUAGAUAUGGUAUACCACCAAAGUAUGUUCGAACUUCACAAAAAAGUCAAUGCCAAAGAAGUGAUUGUUGGAUGGUAUGCCACCGGAUCCAAUCUCAAUCAAUGGAAUGCUCUUAUUCAAGAUUUCUAUUCUAAGGAAGUUUCUCCUCCAUUUCAAGCUAUUCAUUUAACAAUGGAUACGGAUCUUAAGAAUGAAGAAAAACUCUUGGGCGUUAAAACCUAUGUUAG